GAAAGUGCAUCCUUACUGAUUAUAAUAUGUAUGUAUGUAUAUUUUUAGUUAAGGAAAAGAAAUUGUCAAGUAGUCAUGUCGAAAAGCAAGGGCAAAGGUACAGUAACUAAGUACAAUAUAACGGUGCAGACUGGAGACAAAAAGGGAGCUGGAACGCAUGCUCAUGUCUAUAUAAUACUUUAUGGAACAGAUGAAAUCCAAACAAAAGAAUACAAGCUUUCUAAUUUUUUAAAAAGUGAUUUUAAAAGAGGAAAGUUUGAAAGCUUUUCUAUCAAAUCUGAAGUUCACAUUUCCGAAGUCCAGAAAAUCGAACUGUGGCGAGACAACAAUGGUUCCAGUACCAACUGGUACCUAGAUUGGAUUGAAGUCACCAACAAGGAAAACAGUUUCACAACCGUAUUUCCAGCGUUGAAAUGGAUCAAAGAAAACCAUCAUUACUUUUUCGUUAAUGAAACUACUUUACCGCAAAACGACCAUAUGAAAGAAUCAAGAAGGCUUGAAAUGCAAGUCUUACAAAAGGAAUAUCAGCUAGAUGUUAAGAUAUCUGGACUACCUGCUCAGGUUAAAGUACUACCAGAGGAUGAGACAUUUUCAUGGCAUUAUUUUUUUGACGUGUUGCUUUCGAAACUCGCUGAGUUUGAAAUAGAAAGCCUUAAACUGACAAAAAAGGGAAAAGGAAAAGAAUGGAAGAAAGUUUACGACGUCAAAACCGUGUAUACUAAAGCGUUCGGAGUUCCACAGGGUUCAAAAUAUUUCAACGAUGACAAGAAGUUCGGACGUCAGAGAAUUAGCUGCCUGAAUUCAUUAAUAAUUGAAAUGUGUACCGCGAUACCCGAAAAUUUUGCAGUCACAGAAGACAUGAUCAAACCGUUUCUAGAAGGCAAGACAUUAAAACAGGCCAUUGAAGGUAAAAGGCUGUUCCUGACAAACCUGGCAAUAUUGGAAGAUUGUCCAACCAGGACCGAAAAUCUUAUAAUGACUUGUCCCUUGGCCAUGUUUUAUUUUAACGAUGCCAAUUGUCUUCUGCCAAUAGCCAUACAGCUGUUCCAAAAGAAAGUACCAAGUAACCCUGUGUUUUUACGAUCAGAUCCUGAGUAUACCUGGAUGUUGGCAAAAAUGUGGUACAAUCUGGCUGAUUCUACAUAUCACCAAUCUCUGACUCAUCUAAAUUUUACCCAUUUGAUGAUGGAAGGAAUAAGUGUCGCGACAAAAAGAAACCUUGCGCUUCAACAUCCAAUUAUGAAAUUACUGCAACCACACUUUUUGUUUCUCAUGGCUAUUGACAGUCUUGCACUUGUGUCGUUGAUUAAACCAGGUGGUAUCAUAGAUAAAGUUUCCAAUGCAGGAAUAAAUGGCACCUUUCAUAUCAUGAGAAAGAGUAUGGAAUGGUGGAGACUGGAUUUACAUGGAACUCUUCCAGAAAAUUUGAAAAACCGAGGGGUGUUUGAUCAGUCUGUACUGACAGGAGCCUAUCAUGUCAGAGAUGAUGGACUUUUAUUGUAUGGUGCCAUUAAGUCAUAUGUUGAGAAAUAUGUUGGACUCUACUAUCCAACAGAGGGUUCAUUGACUGCAGAUUAUGAACUACAGAAUUGGGGAGCAGAACUUGUAAAGUCAAGAGAUGAUGGUGGCGUCGGAAUUCUGGGAGUACCUGGUAAUGGCAAUUUUAAAACAACAGACCAGCUUGUUAUAACAGUGACAGCCAUAAUCUACACGUGUAGUGCUGGACAUGCCACAGCAAACUUCGAACAGUAUGAUGAAUAUGGCGCUCCAUUUAAUUACCCAUACCAUCUGUCUGGAAAGCCCCCGACAGACAAGAGUCCAGUCGCUUUAGAAACAAUCCUAAACACAAUUGCAAAAAGAGAAAUGCUUUUGGAGACGAUGUCGAUUACGAAAGUUUUAAGUGACAAAGCAACAGAUAGCCUUGGUCACUUUGAGAAACAGUUUAUUGUAGAUCCUCAUGCAGUACAAAUUGUUGAAGAGUUUAGACAGAAAUUACAAGAAGUUGGUAAAAUAAUUGAUGAAAGGAAUCAGAAGAGGGAAUUUCCAUAUGAAUGGCUUCGUCCACAGGCAGUACCAAAUGCCAUUAGUAUUUAGACAUGCACCCUUUUUAUAAAUACAAACAUUCUUCUAUAGUUAUCCCUAUCAUUUUCACCAUAUCAUUUGAACGUAUUAGAUUUAUUUUACAUUAGAUAAUGGUAGAAAUAGUUAUAAAUAUUACUGGUUUGUUCAGUUAAGUUGAAAUAUGUAUUCAAAAUGAUUUUCUUUCCGUUUUAUCGUCCAUGUACAUUUGAGAAUGAGUUUUUAUCAGUGUUAGAAGCUGUACAAUGCCCUAUAGUUUUUAUUAAUUUGUCUGUCAUUUGGUCACUUGUAGAGAGUUGUCUCAUUGGCAAUCCUACCACAUCUUCCCUUUUAUAGUUAAACAUUCUGUAUACUAACUAUUCUAGCACACUGUCAUAUAAGAACUGUUUUUAUCUGUUUGGUUUCAUAGAUAACUUUUUCUGUAAUGGAUAUUUACAAACUGUAAUAUUAUAGUUAGUUUAAGUAUUUGCUUGUCGUUUGAAAUGAUAUCACCCUUCUUUAAAUGUGUACCUUACAUUGUAAUAUUGGGUUUAUCAUUUUAAUAAAAUCACUAAUCUUGACA